AUGCCUGAGCCAACUCCGCGGAUAGCGAUUAAAUUUGGUACAUCGUCAUCCUCGAAAUCUACCAACGGGGCCAAGAAACAAACACAAACACAUUCCCAACCGCUAUCAACGUUAGGUAAACGUCAGCGACCACACAUUCUCAGUCAUGAAUCCGAUUCCGGGAGCGACGACGAAGCUCGUCAUGAAGUAAUCACAACUAUUGGUGAUGAUGUAUCUGAGCCUAAAGCUAAGAGGCGAAAUCCGAAGACAGACAAAUCGGGGCGCGCCAAUCUACCUUACGUGAUAACCGGCCAUGAAAACCGUGACUGGAAGGCAGAGUUAAGAGACCAGAAGAGCACUAAGGACGGUUUAUUAUCAAGGCGAGCGGGAUUUGGCGAUUCUGCAGAGAGGGAUCCAGCCGACCAGGACAAGCAAAUUAAAUGGGGUCUUACCGUAACGAGGAAACCAGUACAAGGCGAUACUGAAAAUCUAGAUGAAAGCCCGUCAAGAGAUGAAGGAUAUGAAACAUCCGGCCGUAGAGCAGUUCAUCCUAGUGAUGAAUCUGAAGUUUUUACGAACGAGGAUACCGAUGCCAUAGAUGCUCUCUUGGGCAAGAAACGAAAAUUUACAAAAGACCUCGUUAUCGAAGGCAAAUCAAGACAAAACACGUCCGCGACGCUUUCGGAACAGGACGCUUACCGUCGUAUGAUGGAAGAAGCUGCAGAGGUGUCGACCAUAGACGAGUAUGAUCAGAUACCUGAGGGCGAAUUUGGAGCGGCCAUGCUACGUGGGAUGGGUUGGAACGGCGAGGAGCGCGGUGCGAAGCCGAAAGAAGUUAAAAAGCGGCCAAAUCUGAUGGGACUUGGUUCUAAGGAGGAUGAAGAGAUUAGAAAGGGAGAGUUGGCCCGAAAGCAUGGGCAUCGUGAACGCAGACCCCGUCUUAAUGAGUAUAGGAGGGAUAAAGAAAAGGAGAAACGAGACCGUGAUGAUCGCCGUGGUGAUAGCUACAAGUCCGAACGGGAACGGGAACGCGAGCGACGAGAUCACGGCCAUAGCCAUCAUCGUGAUCGCGAUCGGGAUAGCCAUAGACAUUCCGGACGCAGUUAUGGGCGCUGA